AUGUUAUUAAUCAGUCGUCGAUUAGGGGUCCUUUAUCGACUAUUUCAAACUAUGAUUGUUCUAUUUCUUAUAGCAAAAGUUAUAAUGAGUGAACUUUAUCUCAAGAAGGAACCUCCUGUACCUGGUGCUGUACGGAUAACAUUACAAGCUCCACCUAACUUUAUCAUACCUUCAUAUUGUAUUGGUGGGCCUUAUCCGUGUGUUUUUUGGGUUCGAUUUCCUGACGAUGGUUCUGGUGUUGCGUUUUUCACAACAAGAGUAAGCGCAACAAAUUACGCGCCACCAGCUGGAUGUAACUUCUUAGCAGCUCAAUCACCGACGGAUCCAUGUUUUCUAAAUCCAGAUUCCCCAAGUUCAAAUAUCCGUAAUACUACGCUUAUUCCAAAAUCUUUUAUUGGUGAUGUUGAAGAUUUCACUGUGAUGAUAGAACAUUCAGUGAGAGGACAGCUCACAGACAUUGCAAUUCGUAAUGGUGUAUUGGAUGGCAAACUCAUGUCUUCUAAUGGUAAAGUUAUUAAAACAAUGACGAAUGCUACAAGAAUGGCCCAGAAUCCUAAUGCUGAUGGUGAUAUUUUUCCUCUUAGUCAAAUCCUUUUAGCAGCUGGAGCAGAUUUAGAUUCUUCAUCAACGGCUCCUGGAGCUAAUAAAGCCGUACAUGAAACUUACAGAACUUCUGGAAUAGUAAUUGUUAUUAUAAUCGAGUAUAAAAAUGAGAAAGAUAAAAUAACCUAUCAAUACAUACCCCAAGUUAUUGAUGGAAAUGAAUAUAAGACUGUUGAAAAACGUUAUAAUGACACUAAUGGCUCUGUUACUUUGAAAUUUGCUGAAUUUCUAGUUGAAUUUCUUAUGUUAUAUAUUCUUCCUGAGAAAGAAUUUUAUGGAUAUGCAAAAUAUGAGGAGACAGAUAGCUUUGAUGAUUGGCGUGAUAAUAAAAAAGCUCAUAAAAAAUCUCAAACACAAAAAUCAGUAGAAACUAAUGAUGUUACUGGUCAUGCUAAUACUGGAGGUUAUGUUAAUACUGGAGGUUAUGUUAAUACUGGAGGUUAUUCUAAUACUGGAGGUUAUUCUAAUACUGGAGGUUAUUCUAAUACUGGAGGUUAUUCUAAUACUGGGGGUGGAGAAAUUUCUGUUUUAGUCAUAUUCUGUGCAAUAAUGGUAGACAUAAAAAUUGAAAGGGUGAAAAGAAGCCACUUAGUAGACAUACUAUGCAAGUAUGAAUUACAUGAAAUCGCAUGUGCGCUGGUUUAUGGUGGGUCUUACACAUACGAUUUGGAUCUAACAGUUAGUUAUAUGACCGGCCAUGUCUGGAUAAUACUUUUAGCUAUGUUGGGAACUUCCAGAGAAGAACAACAGGAAAUGGAUAUAAUAAGAAAUAAUCGAACUUUAUUGGACUCGAUUUCUAAGGAAUCUUCAGACUUUAUAGAUGAUUUAGAAUAUUCGAAUACAUAUCUGGCUGGACCGGGCAAUUCAUAUUUUUUCAGAUUCACCAAGCAAAUCCGUGAUGUGCUUAUUAAUCCGCUGGAAAAUAUGUUCUCUUUAAGUGCUAAAUAUGAUAUAUUGCCAUAUAUUAUUUCAAAUCUAGCAACCACCUCUACGCCAAAUGUAGGAAACCAUUCCACUCUCUCAAUAGGCUGCAUUUCAACUACUGUCGAAACAGAAAAAGAAAAAUUAAUUUCAACACUUUUUGACGUGUGUGCCUUUGCUGGUGGCUUGUUUACAUUGGUUACUUCAAUUAAUGUGUUAUUAUUUGGCGAAACUAUUAGAAACCCGUGGGGAGUUGUACAUAUUCUUUCAUGUUGUGGAAUUAAACGGAAUGUACAAAACACCCUUUAUGACUAUCUGAAAGAUCAAAUUCCAUUUGCCGAUGAAGGUGCUCAUUUGGAAUCACCUCCUGAAAAAAUUGAAGAUCGAGUAAGAGCAAUCGAACAACGGCAUAGAGCUUUAGAAUUCCUUCUAAGAGAUUACGUUAUUAAUGUUGACAUUCUUAAUGAUAAAGAU